UUAUAGUGGGUCGGUGCCAAACAGCAUGAGCUUCAGGUGAACUCUAUGCAGUUACUGUAUUAUCAAGCACCCAUGUCUUCAGCGUUUCUCUUGGUCCUGGUGCCAUUCUUCGAACCCCUUACCGGAGAGGGUGGUAUCUUUGGCCCCUGGUCAUUUCAGGCCCUGGGCAUGGUUCUGCUGUCUGGUGUUAUUGCCUUUCUGGUCAAUUUGUCCAUUUACUGGAUCAUUGGGAACACGUCUCCUGUUACCUACAACAUGUUUGGACACUUCAAGUUCUGCAUCACAUUACUGGGUGGGUAUGUCCUCUUCCAGGACCCCUUGUCCUUAAAUCAAGGUCUGGGCAUCCUCUGCACCCUCAGUGGCAUCCUGGCAUACACCCAUUUCAAACUGGCAGAGCAGGAGGAGGGCAAAAGCAAGCUCACACAGAGGCCAUAGGCCCACUGAUGUGCCAAUCAACAAGAAAGCCAGUGUUCAGUGCCUGAUUUCUUCAGGAAUAGCUAGCGAUGGCUCCUGCACAGGAGCGUGAAGACUAACCAAACAUAGACUGGAAGGAUGUAGGUUUAAGCCAUAGAGGCUGAGAACUUUUAAUAGCAUUUCAAUCUUUUCAAGAGUUUAAUUUGUGUUCCAAGUAUUCAAUAUUUGCAAAUAAACCUGCAAAAAUAUGCCGUUUGAGAGAAAAACUCUGAAACUGCUGAAGCAGUUUGUGUGUUAUUUUAUAAUGUAUUUUUCAA